CCAGACCCCGCACUGGUCAGGACCCUCAUGCAGUGGGUAUGCCCAUUUGUUUUUUCAAGUCUUUAACUGAAUACAAUUUUUCCCUCCCCUUUUCUUUCAAAUUUCUUUCUGCCAACUUGCAUCAUAUCAUGUUUCUGUAGCACGUCAGUCGGUCUAUAUUGCACAUGGUUUGCAAACAAUCUCAAUUGGCCUUCCCUCGCCUUGUCACUUGCAGGUUCUACUUCGAUAUUCCCUUCAAUACAAUUCAUUGAUCUAUAUUGCAUAUUCUUUCAUUCCUCAGUUUCAACCAUAUACUUUAUACCAAUUGACCAAACACAUAAUUGAUUCGUGGUUACUUAUUUCUUUCUUUUUGGAUGCCUAUAAAUUUUAUCAAUCAGAAGGCCAACUACCCCAUAUAAAGCCAAUUAGCAGCCUAUAAAGCUUUUAGAAAAACUACAUUCCACUGUCUUCUACUGUCAAAUUCCCACAUGACUUGAGAGCAGAAUCAAGCACUCUAAUCUUUCUCCUUGUCCCUUUUUAGCUAAAUGCUAGUUCAUUGUAUUCAUCAAAGCCUUCCUGCCUUGUAUUCCAAAAAGGUAAUCCCAAGAGAAAGUAUCAAGUCAUAACUCGGUACCUUCUGAACCUUCAAAGACCAGAGCAGGUUAUCAGUGUCCCUAGGCAUAACCUCUACAUCCACACCAUCCAAUUUAUAACCUCAGAAGUACCCAAGAACCAUUGUCUUAGCCCCUUCUAAACUGAAACUCCGAACCAUAGUUUUCAAGCUGAAAUAAACCCAAGAAGAUCCUGCACAUUAGUUUUCCAUUCCUUUGAACCGUUUCAUUGGUGGUUGCAUCUUUGUGCUGCUGAAGCUGAUUUCUUGGGUAGAUGGAUGACCCAAAUCUGGGCCAUUGGAAAGAGAAAAUGAAGACAAGGAAAGACAAAAAGAAUAAUAUAAACACUGAUGUUUUUCUGAAUGCAGAUUCUGGUAAAUUAUUGCAAGCAAUCUUCUACUGUAGUCUGGUCAACAUUAGAGGUGUUACUUUGAAACUUCUUUGUGGGAGAUUGAGAUUUUGAAACGGUUGCAACGAGAAGCAUUUUCUGAUCUGAUGAAACUGAGGGACAGACAGGACAAGGUUGAGAGAAUGCUUUCUUUCUAUAAAUCUUCCAAGGGAAAUCCAUUUCAGGAAGCAAGUACCCAUGUAAAAGGAGAGGUGGAUGUUGUUGGCGCAUUACUGCUUGUGGAUAAUAUUAAACAGCAGACCUGUGACAUUGUUGAUAGAGCAGGAGUUAGGACUGGAACUGAUUCAAGAUUCAUUUUCGAAGCAACUAUUCGGCAGAAAGAUUCUCUUGUGGCAGAGUUUAUGGCCAGUCAGAGAGGCCAGGGCUCUAAUGGUGGCAUCUUAGGAAGCACGCUUUCUUUAGCAAAAGUGAUGUAUACAGCAAAUAUUAGUGAUUGGUGCUCUGCAGUCUUAGUUCCAGUGGGGGCCCGAUGCAGGGAUGUUGGAAUCGCUUCAAGUAUUUUUCAGCAGGGGCGGGGCCUUACCGAUUUCUCUUUGGGUCCACCUCUUUUGUAUCAAUAUCAUGAUGCUGCCGCUGCAUUAUUGGUUAGAAGAUCAAAGGUUGCUGCUUGUUUGGCUGAGUUUGUUUCUGGAUUGGGAAUGCAACCAGAUUCUACAGGAAGUAGGCAUUUCUUAAGCACUUUUGGGCAAGUAAUCUAUCAGCUUUCAAAAGGAACAACGCUCACCCUACUGGGCAUUCGCAAAAUGCCCAAAUCACAAAGUCCGUGGACUGGUUUAGGUUUCCUUACUGUGCCAGUUGGUGGUUUAAGAUGCCAUAACCAUCUUGGUAUGCCUACUGAAGCUUCUCUUCCAUCCGUUCCCACCAACACAGAGGACAAUAUACCUACUGGGUCCAUUGGUUUGAUGCUCGAGACAGAGCUUGAUGAGAGUAGUAGAAUCAGAGGUUGGGUUGAAAUGCAGAACUCAAACCCUAGAUAUUUACAAUGGGCUGUUACACUGUCUGAUAUCCCUGAAGAUGAGCUAGGAUGGGGUUUGAGCUUGGGAGGAAUGAUCCAAGGCCCAUCAGCUCGGGAUCAUUUCCAGGUUGAAGCUUUCUUGAACUUCAAUUCGGGAAAGAGAUUCAGCUUUCAGCCUGGUUUUGUAUAUGUUAUGGAUGGGACAGACAGAGUUCCUGCUCUCAUGUUUCGGUCAAGUUGGUCUCUGUGAUACAAACUGAAACACCAGGAGGUCCUAGUAACUACUGGUUGUGCAUGAAAUUCCUGUGUUAUCAAUGAUGAGCAAGGCAUUCCUCAUAGCGUGUGAAUCUUCCACUCAUUUUUUCUUUUACAUCCCGUAACAUUAGGUUGAUGAUCUUCUCCAUAACAAGGCUGAUGUCAGGAGAGGAGAAUACUGUUAAAUUGAAAAGGAGAACACUGUUGAAGUUGGUUGAAAGGAAGGAACAGAAAACAGUUGGGUAUUGAAAGAAAGAAGAGAAAAAGAUCUUUUUUUCAUUUUUUACCAAAUGAAAAGUGAAACAUUAACAUUGAAGAGUGAAACUCAGCAAAAAAAUUUAGUUUGAUAUA